AUGGCGCGUUCCAAUCGCAAUGUGACCUCCGCCAAGCCCGGCUCAUGUCCAAUGAAUAAGAAACUUCGGAAUGCUGUUCUUGACGAGCUGAUCACAACUCAUGAACAAAAUCCGAAUAAGCGACGUGGUGACAUUGCGCGGAUUGUAGAAGCAAGCCAAGAAGAAUACCCUUAUGUUACCAGGGAUAACUUUAACAAUCGUUGGAGAGCGCUUAAGAAGCAAAGGAAAGAAGCUGCAGCAGCUACAAAUUCAACCGAAAAUUCUGCCGGAAGUUCUGAAGGCUCUGUGCUCGCGAAUGCAGCAGAAGGAGAUUUAAAUUCAGCAGAAAAGGCGGGAAGAAAGAAAGGAUCCACAGACGCCGCAAAGUUGGAAAGGACACAACAAGAAAUGGAAGCUCUUCACUGGGUCACCAUGAAGUGCAAGGAGAGCAAAGACCGGAAUCCGAAGAAAAUGAAAAGUGGCACGAUUGAUCACCUCAUAACGUCAGCAAGAUCCAAAUUCAAGCUCCCUCCCAUGUGGAAUCCGAGCAAGGAAACCAUCAGGACGCGACUGAAGAAGAAAAUCCAUGUGGUCAAUCCAAAACGGGGACCCAAGAGUCCUGUGCCCGAGGCGGUUGAACGGACGGUAGUGGAGAUUGCAUGUGAAUCCAACAGGUGCGGAAGACCACUGGAUACGUCGGAGAUAAUUGACCUUGCAAAUGACCUCAUCAAAGGCCAACCCAUCGAGAAGGAUAUCAUAGACUGGCAAAUUCGCUUCUGCCCAACAAUACGUAAACGUUUCAAGGAGACCAAAGAACGCCCUACAUCGGCCAACCUUGGACCCGGAUGGUACCAGGGCUUCAGGCAACGAAAUCCAGAGAUAGCAACUGCAAAGGCAAUCAAUCAUGAUGAGCGCAGAGCACCCUGGUGCAAGUACGGAAACAUGUCAGAUAUGUACGGCAUGAUUUACAAGAGAUUGAAAGAAGCUGGCCAUGCCAAAGAACUACCAACUCCGCAAUGGCAGGUUGAUACCACGUCCGAUCUCACGUCUGACCAAGAGUUGCCAGAAUCUCAAGACACACAAUAUUCCAAUGGUAGUCAAGUAUCCACAGCAUCGGCUGUAACAAUUCCCAGGAUGAACACAGAUGGCUUGGCUGGGUUUUAUCUUGACCACAUAUCCCAGCAGCGUAAGCGAACGGUAGAUCAAUAUGAAGAACUUCGAAAACGACGAAAGGAGCAAGAGCUCCAAACCGAAGAUGAAAAGAUUUUGAAGUAUCAUACCAGGAAGAAGAUAUCCUCUGGCGAGAUGUAUAAGAACGGAGACUGCGGUCCAACUGAGUUCAUUCAUCGGAUGGUCAAUAGGACCGAAAGGGCAAAGAGAAAGAAGGACCGAGAUUCAACUUUGAGAAAGCACCAGUCUGAUACGAAAGCAUAUCAAUGCGGAUUGAAUCUCUUAGAGAAUUCAUCAAAGCCCAUGAAUAAAUGGACAAACGAAGACAUUCGAGUUGCGAUCGUAUCCAAGAUCAUUGGAAGAUCCAAGGAAAAGUACUACCGGAAGAUGCCAAAUGACAGGGCUUCUAGGAUGGAACUUUGGCAAAAAGUACGGUGUCUUCCUCACCCAGCAGAGCCUUACUUUGAUGGAUUCAGCGACGAUAGCGGAUUCAGUGACUCUGAAUCCGAUGUCAGCCGUGGUUCCAGCGCUGAUGGUGACUCGGGCGACUCUGAAUCCGAAGUUGUCCGUGGUUCCAGCGUUGAUGGCGGAUUCAGUGACUCUGAAGACGAUGUCGACCGUGGUUCCAGCGAUGAUGAUGUAGUUAGCGACUCUUGCAUCCGUGUCACAUGCUCGGGGGUCACUUGGUAG